AUGGUGCUUUUGAGCCUAUCUAUCGACGCUCUGCGCAGGCUGCUAAAGCUUUAUGAGUUUUAUGCGGUGGCUCAUGGGCUCAGAUACAAUGCGCUGAAGAGGGAGAGCAUGGUAUUUAAAGCAGGUACUAAAACGUAUACCGUAGUGCCUUCCAUCGAUCUAGGCGGUAUUCCUCUAAAACAGACAAAACAAUUUAAGUAUCUGGGUCACCGGGUCACCGAGGACGUAUGCGAUAAUGCCGAUGUGGAAAGAGAGCGCAGCGCGCUGGCUGUCCGUUGCAAUAUGUUGGCUCGCAGCCUGUGGGUCAGUUACACGCGGCGGACAUACGGAGCACUGCGCAUCCAGUGCAACAAUGCGUUCAGGAUGCUGUUCCGACUUCCACCUUUCAGUAGCGCGUCAACCAUGUUUGCUGAGAAACAUGUAGACGAUUUCUACGCUAUCAUGCGGAAGCGUAGUGCAUCGCUACUCCGUCGCAUGCGUCUCAGCCAGUACUGCAUGCCGGCGGAAGGCGUGCCGCUGUCGGCGCGCGCGGCGCUGCUGACGCGCGAAGAACUGGCGCGGCUGGUGCGCGUGUUCGCGGCGCUCGGCGUUGUCAAGCUGCGCCUCACCGGCGGCGAGCCCACGCUGCGGGCGGACCUCGCCGACGUCAUACAGGAGCUGCGCGAGGUGCCGGGCAUCGAGUGGGUCGCCAUGACGACCAACGGCCUGGUGCUGACGCGACGGCUGCCGGCCUACCAGCGCGCCGGCCUCGACGCGCUCAACAUCUCGCUCGACUCGUUGCAGCCGGAACGCUACGAGAAGAUGGCGCGGCGGCCAGGUCUAAAAAAGGUGCUGGCGGGCGUGGACCUCGCGCUGCAGCUGGGCUACCGUCCUGUCAAAAUCAACGUCGUGCUUAUGAAAGGUUUCAACGACGACGAGAUAGGGGACUUCGUGGAGUACACGCGCUCGCGGGAAGUCGAGGUCCGCUUCAUCGAGUUCAUGCCGUUCAGCGGCAACCGCUGGGACGACUCGAGGAUGGUGGCGCACGUGGACGCCGUGCGGGCGCUGCUGGCGUGCUGCCCCGACGCGGCGCCGGCGCUGCCGCGGCCGCACGACACGGCGCGGGUGUGGCAGGUGCCGGGCCACCUGGGCAGCGUGGGCUUCAUCUCGUCGAUGACCAAAAACUUCUGCUCCACCUGCAAUCGCCUGCGGCUCACCGCCGACGGGAACUUGAAGGUGUGUUUGUUCGGCGCGGCGGAAGUGUCGCUGCGCGACGCCCUGCGCCAGGGCGCCACGGACCACCAGCUUGAGGACCUGAUCCGAGCUGCACUCAUGAAUAAGAAGCCACAACAUGCAGCACGGCCGCCGGCGCCGCGCGCCCCGCGGGCCGUGGCCAGCCGCGGCUUCUGCUCGCGGCCGCCGCAGCCGCCGCAGCCGCCGCAGCUGACGCACCUGGACGCCGAGGGCCGCGCGCGCAUGGUGGACGUGGGCGCCAAGGCCGUGACGCGGCGGCGCGCCGUGGCCGCCUGCAGCCUGCGCGUGGGCGCGCCGCUGCUGCGGCUGCUGCGCGACGCGCGCCUGCCCAAGGGCGACGCGCUGCAGGCGGCGCGGCUGGCCGGCGUCAUGGCGGCCAAGCGCGCGGCCGACCUCAUCCCGCUGUGCCACCCGCUGCCGCUGGACGCCGUGGAGGUGCGCGUGGCGCUGCCGGCCGGCGACUGCCCGCGCGGCGGCGACGUGGCCGUGCGCUGCGAGGUGGCCGCCACGGCCCGCACGGGCGCCGAGAUGGAGGCGCUGACGGGCGCCGCCGUGGCCGCGCUGGCGCUCUACGACAUGUGCAAGGCCGUGGACAAGGGCAUGCGCCUCACCGACCUGCGCCUCGUCAGCAAGUCGGGCGGCCGCUCGGGCGACUGGCCGCCGCCGCCGCCCGACGUCCGGCUACGCGCGCACGACACGUCGCCGCUGCAGCCCGACGAGACCUACGCCCCCACCAUCGCGCACGUCUAGCCCGCCGCGGCCCUCGUCCAAAAGAGCGAUGCGACUGCGGCGCUGUAGAGCACGGAGGAGGCGUGCCCUGCUGAAUCUUUAUUAUACGUUGAGAAUGCUGCACUGUAGCAAUAAUUAUUACCUUCCGACUUUGUGUUUAGAGGUUAUUAUUGUCACUUCAAAAGUAACAAACGUUGUAGCCAUAGUAAUAAUAUUGUAACAAUAUGGUGACUGCGAGAGCUUGGAGGUCACAAUCAAAUUAUUCCAUUUAUUUCUAGUUAUAACUUUAAAAAAGUGCUGUACUAUAAGUAAAAAUAAAUAUACAUAUAAGAAUUACCUAUUUUGAAUAUAUUUUUUAUUUAAAAGUU